UUCUCAUUUAUUCAUUUCCAAUUUAAUUUAAUUGUUUGUUUGUUUAUUUGUCUGUGUUUCUUGCCUUGUAUUGAAUAUCAUUGAACAAUUCAAAUUUCGACAAUUGAUUGACAUUUUUUUUUUGACAAUUCAACAACAACAACAACAAUCGAAAAUGGAAAGUAUUAAAAUAAACUCAACAAUAUUAUUGGCAUUGAUUGUCAUAUUAUCCACUCAUUCAUUUAUGGUGAAUGGUCAAAUUUAUAAGAAAACGGAUAAAGGUUUUGAUAUUGAUAUUGGACCAAUUUUUCAAAUGAAAUAUGAUCAAAAUAAUGGUAAAUUUAUUGAUUUAAGUGCCGUGCUUGGUUUGGUAAAAUUUGGUUAUGAUAAAAAACCGGGUGAUAAAGAACCAAAAGUUAACGUAGAUAUAUUCGGACGUGGUAAUAUUGAUCGUCAAUCAAAACCGGAUAAUGAUUAUGUAUAUGAUAUUGAUCCGGAUGAUCUUAAAGAAGUUUGAAAACCAAAAAAACAUUGACCAUGGAAUAUACAGAGAAAGAAUUUGACCAAAAAAAAAAAUCAACAACAAAGUACCUUCCUAUAUUGCUCAUAUUCAUUUUCAUUAAAUAACUCAUAUAAUUUAUUACGAUUUCAAAACACUGACAAAAUCUUUUCAUUUUUUUGAUAAAACAACAAAG